AUGAGCCGGAACUCCUCCAGCGAGAGCGACAGCGUGGCCCCGGACGCCCUCAAGGAGCGCGUCGAGCCGUCUCCUCCUGCGACCGCCAACCAGCAGGCGACUUCGUUCAACCAGGAGCCCAUCUCCAAGGAUGGCUUCCAAUUCCACGAGCGCGAUGCCGACGAGACCGACUCCAACAGCUCCCUCUCCACCAACCCCUUCCUCGAUCCCGAGGUGGCUGAGCACUGGACCAACGUCUACGAGAAGGCCCAGUACGAAUGUCGCGAGAUUUUCGAUCCUCACUACACCUGGACCCCCGAGGAGGAGAAGAGGCUGAUCCGAAAGCUCGAUUUCCGCGUGUGCGCAUGGGCCUGUGUCAUGUUCUUCGGCCUGCAAGUCGACCGUGGCAACCUGAAACAGGCUGUUUCGGACAAUAUGCUGAAUGAUCUGAACAUGAACACGAAUGACUACAACCUGGGCAACACCGUCUUCCUUGUCUCUUUCCUGCUGGCCGAACUCCCUUCUCAGCUCAUCUCGAAGAAGAUGGGACCGGAUCGAUGGAUUCCGCUUCAGAUCACUCUUUGGAGCACAGUCGCCAUGUCCCAGGCCGCCAUCACCGGAAAGACGGGCUUCUUGAUCACGCGCGCCAUGCUCGGUGUCCUCGAGGGCGGCUUCAUCCCGGACAUCGUCCUCUGGCUCUCCUACUUCUACACCAGCCGCGAACUGCCCGUCCGCCUGAGCUACUUCUGGACCACGCUCUCCCUGACGACCAUCAUCACCUCGCUCCUCGCCUUCGCCCUGCUGCACAUGCGCGGCGUGUCGGGCUGGGCUGGUUGGCAGUGGCUGUUCCUGAUCGAAGGCCUCAUCACCGCCCUCGUCGGCCUGGCCUCCUGGUUCAUGAUGCCGGCGUCGGCGGCGCAGACCAAGACAUGGUUCCGCCCCAAGGGCUGGUUCACCGACCACGAGCUCAAGAUCGCCGUCAACCGCGUGCUGCGCGACGACCCGUCCAAGGGCGACAUGCACAACCGCCAGGCCAUCACGCCCAAGCUGCUGUGGCGCGCCAUGUGCGACUACGACCUGUGGCCGCUCUACGCCAUCGGUCUCAUGGCGUACAUCCCGCAGUCGCCCGUCGACACGUACAUCACGCUGACCAUCAAGGGCUUGGGCUUCAGCACGUUCAACACGAACCUGCUCGCCAUCCCAUCCAGCGUCUUCCACAUCAUGACGUUGCUUCUGAUCACGCGGCUGAGCGGGUGGCUCAAGGAGCGGACGCUGGUUUCGAUGAUCCAGAACCUGUGGACGCUGCCCUGCCUCAUCGCCCUGCGCACCUGGCCCGGAGCCAUGACCAAUGCAUGGGGAACCUACGCCCUCGUCGUCGUCCUGCUCAGCUACCCGUACUGCCACGCCAUCCUCGUCGCCUGGACGAGCAGGAACUCGAACAACGUCGGGACCAGAACCGUGUCUGCGGCGCUGUAUAACAUGAUGGUACAAGUUGGCAACGUGAUAGCAAACCAGAUGUACCGUGAGGACGACAAGCCGCUGUACCACCGUGGUAACCGCAACCUGAUCAUCAUCAACUGUCUGUCCAUCUGUGUUUUCCUGUUCACCAAGGUCUACUACAUCUGGAAGAACAAACGUCGCGAGCGUGUUUGGAACGCCAUGACCCAAGAGCAACGCCUUGAUUACUUGAAGAACACCACCGACACGGGUAGUCGCCGUCUUGACUUCCGUUUUGCUCACUAA